UGAAAGCUUGCUCCGGAGGAAAGAAGCAAAUCUGAAAAACAGCCAACAAAAAGGAGAAAAAGAAAGGAAAAGAAAAGAAGAAAGCCGAAGUUAGUUAUUUUACUCUCUUCGAAAUUCCAGUUUCUCUCAUUUUUCGGAGGAGAGAAAAAUGCGAGAAAAUUCGAGGUGUCUCGGUUCGAAACCGAUCGGUCUCUGCUUUAUGUCACCGAUCUGAGUCUUGUAACUCUCAUUUUUCUCAAAGAAGAAUAAGGCAUUAAAUGCUAUUAGAUCCUGGUGUCUCAUGCAACACUCGUCGCAUUGUAAUUGGCAUUUAAGCUCAGUAUUUUUUUCUCUUCCAAUUUGAGAUCUCAAUCGCAAUCAAAACGAGCUUCGUUUUUUCCUCUGGAGGAUAUUUUUUGACUUAGGAUUCCUUGGUAAGUCAAAGGAACUUCACGUGCACUUUUUAAAAGUGGUUAAUUAAUUUCCGCACUCUAAUUUUGAGCAACGGUGGAGAGGCUUAGCUUAGCGGUUACUGGUGGUUGAAAAUUUUGAGCUUUGAUUUAGGGUUUUGUUCAUUGAAGGUAUUUCCACUGUUAAAUUGAUGGAAAUCUAGGUUUCGGAAGUUGUGUUCGUUAUGAGCAUCUCAAUUUGGUGGUUGUUGUUCAGUUAUUGGUAGCUCUUCUUUUGGAAUGUACGGCCAUUUCAGUUAUUCUCAAAAUUUUGACUAUUUAUAAAGAUUUUCUAUCAAUUAUUUUAUUUUAGAAAGAGGCUUUGUGCCUUUGUUUAAUGUUAUUUGGAAGUUGACUGCAUUAGUUCGUUGGAAACACGAAAAGGCAACAAAUUUGGAGUAAGUUAUGGGUCAGGAUGGCUGCUUAAUUUCUAGAUAAGUUGGGGGAUUGAGGUGAUUGUUGCUGGAAGAGUAGAUUAGGGCAGCAGAGAUGCCUCCUUCUCCAGCGUUGAGAUACUCUCCAGGAAGGGAGAUGAGAGGGGAAAACCACAAACGGGGGCGUAGUCUCGAGAGCGGUUUGAUUGUAAGAGAAAAGGAUGAUGACCUCGCUUUGUUCAAUGAAAUGCAGUCCAAAGAAAGGAAGAAUUUCCUGCUUCAGUCUUCGGAUGACUUUGAAGACUCAUUUUCGGCAAAACUGAAGCAUUUUUCAGAUUUCAAGCUUGGAAUCUCCAUUCCUGUUCGAGGAGAGACUAAUGAACUCCUUAAUGCAGAUGGGGAGAAAAAUGACUAUGAAUGGCUAUUAACUCCACCUGACACCCCUCUUUUUCCUUCAUUGGACGAUGAGCCACCACCAGUUAAUGUUGCUCGCAGGGGUAGACCUCAAAGUCAACCCAUUUCCAUAUCAAGAUCAUCCCCAAUGGACAACAGUCACAGAAGCAGUAGGGUCAGUGCAAGUCCAAAUCGUUUAAGCCCGUCACCUCGGUCUGGGAAUAGCACAUUCCAUUCUAGGGGAAGGUCAUUUUCAGCACCUCAGCACAGUCCAAUACGGCCAGCUACUCCAACUCAGAGACCAUCUCCUCCCCCCAGUAAAAGUUCCACACCUGCUCGAAGGUCUUCUACACCUACUCCUCGAAGGACAAGUGCAGGCUCCAGUGGGACUGUGGCCAUGUCAGCGGUAAGGGGAACUUCUCCUAUAAGGACAAGUAGGGGAAACUCUGCAUCACCAAAAAUAAAGGCAUGGCAGUCAAAUAUCGCGGGUUUCUCCUUAGAGGCACCCCCUAAUCUUCGUACUUCUCUGGCUGAUCGACCAGCAUUGUAUGUAAGGGGUUCCUCACCUGCAUCUAGAAUUGGCAGGGACUCAAGAUUUGGCAGGCAAUCAAUGUCCCCGACUGCCUCUAGAAGUGCCAGUUUAUCACACAGUCAUGGUAGAGACCAAUUUAGUUCAUACAGUAAAGGCUCUGUAGCAUCAUCUCAUGAUGAUGACAUAGACUCCUUACAAUCUAUUCCUCUUGGUGGAUCAAGCCAUUCAGUCUCAAGGAGGCUUGGUCCAUUUCCAAAUAACAAGGCUCGGACCUUUAACAAGAAAUCAGCUAGAAUGUUCUCACCAAGUUCUGCUCCUAAACAAUCCUUUGACUCUCCUCGUCGUCAAAUGGAUCAUCGGAAGAGUCCUCCAAAUAUGUUCAGACCUCUAUUAUCUAGUGUUCCAAGUACCACUUUCUAUGCUAGGAAGGGAAGUUCUGCAUAUUGUUCUUUGAUGUCAAGGAACUCAUCUGUUACCACCAGCAGUAAUGCAAGUUCUGAUCAAGGUACAAGUGCUGUGCUUGAUACUGAAGGGAGUGACCACCAACAUGAUGAUAUGGCAAGUGAAUCCAGAAAGGUACCUUGUGCCAAUGUUCAAAAAGAAGUUUUUGCCUUUGAUAAAAUGGAUGUAUUAAACCAGGAUGCUAGCUCUGAAAGACGUGAUGGCUUGCUUAAUAUUCUUGUUGAAGAUGCUGAUAGAGACUCUGCAAUUCAAUGUGACCCUCACCACUCUGAGGAGUUAAGUUACCAUGGUCUUGAAGUGGAAAUGAGUUCAACUUCUGAUGCUCUAUGUGACAGGGGUGAUCUUUCAGAAGUUGAUAGUUUUGAAAAUACAAAAGUUUGUUCUAAAUGUGGUUGCAGGUUUCGUGUUAUUGAGCAGGUUGAAGAAGAAAUCAGUCUUUGCACAGAUUGCAGUAGGCAACAUGAUAUUCUUGCUGGUGAUAUUUCUGAUCUGACAAUGGUAACUGCAGAGAACUCCCCAGGGUUGUGCAUGCAAAUUUCUGAAGGUAAACCAUUUCAUGAAUUGGAAACCUUGGUUCCUCCAUCUGAUUCAUUGUUGCAAGUUUCUGAUGCAGUUGAACCACGCAUUUCCUGGCAUGAAGAAAAUAUUAAGCAAAGUGAAAAUUUCUCUCCAGAAAAUUCUCUGGGAAGCUCUCUGGCAGAGGGAGGUGAGCAGAAGCUCGGUUACCAGCAAGAGAUGGACCAACCAACCAUUUGUUAUUCCCUACCUGAUAGGGACACUGGAGCUCAGCAGUUGCAGUACUCUGAUGAACUUUCUGGCUUGAAGGUGUUCUCUGAAGUUGCGGGCAUUUCAGUGCUGUUGAAGAAGUCAAGCAGCAGCAAGGGUCCUUUUGUUCUAGGUAGGACCUUUGCUACCAUACCUUAUGAAGAUCUGUCUUAUGCAAGAGUUAGUUCUAACAGUUUCAGAAGUUCUGUUGGACAUGGCAGUAUCUCUGCAUCAUCCUCUGUUGAUUUUAGCUCAUCUAGACAGACAGAUACACGUGUGCAACGGCAGUUAAGUGGUAAAAAAUAUGAGUUGGAGAAUUACAGAUAUGACAUGAAUGUGAAGGCUCAAAGCUUUGCUUUGUCAUUGUCUCGAAGUUCAAGCAAUAAUUACCAAGCUUUAAGUCUUGCAACAAGCACAAAUGAAGAAAAUUUUGAGGGUUCUGUUGGCAGUCUGAAAUUUGAUGAAGAAGAGGAAAUAGCUGUAGUUUCUCAAGCCAAAGUGGUAGCUUCAGAAAAUUCAGCGGAUUCAUCAUUCACUGAUGCUGCCAUUUCCAAAAAAGAUGGUAUUGCGUGGAAUGAAAUCAGUGGAACAAUUGAUACUUCAACAUCAGAACUGUUAGAGGACAAUUCAGCAGCAACAUUUCCUUCCUCUGAAGACUGUGUGGCAUAUAAAAAUGGAGAUGACUUACCAGGUAAUGCCAGGAUUGUCUCUGUUGUUGAAUCAUUAGCUAUCACUCUAGAUCCUUCUCUUGAAGAACAUAGAAUGCUGAGUGCUAGUCCUGAUGAAGUAGAUGCUGCUAAGGCUGCUGGCCACAUCUCUUUGGCUGCAAUCUCAGAAAUAGAAAUUGAGAAUUCCUGUCAGAGCUCAUGUGGUUCAAAUCUUGAUGGCUUGUCUCCAAACUCUGAGAGAAACAAGAAGGGAUCCAUGGACGUGUCAGUUGCCAUUCCUUCAGAUGUGGAUACUACAGGUUCUGGUCAGGAGCAUUACGCAUCAGAUCAUGCAGAUGGCAUUUCAGAGGAGUCAACUGUCUUGGUAGAAUGUCGUGGAGGAAGUAAGGCUAGAAGCCUGACACUUGAAGAAGCGACCGAGACAAUACUUUUCUGCAGUUCCAUUGUCCAUGAUCUUUCGUACCAGGCUGCAACCAUAGCCAUUGAAAAGGAAACUUCAGUGCCAUUGGAAGGUUCCAGGCCAACAGUGACGAUCUUGGGGAAAUCCACUUCUGACAGGAAGGACCUACGGGGGAGGACUAUUGGUAGACGGACUUCAAAAUCUCAUAAAGUCAGGCAGAGGCGGGUAGAAACCGAUGUAAAAUCUCCAUCUACCAAGACUGAAAAUGAUGAGAAUGCCGAUGAAUCUUCAAUUCGCAAUGUUGGUCUUCCUAAUAAGAUGGACAGUAUGAAGCCACCGAAGCUAGAAUCCAAGUGCAACUGCUCAAUAAUGUGAGAUUAAGUCUUUCAUUCAGACCGAACACGCAGUACUCCACCAGCUGGUUUGUAUUUGAAUAGUUUUGUGUUUGAAAGGCUGUUUGAAUUUGUUGGCAAUUGGUUUUCUUUGGUUGGAAAAUUGAUUGUAAGAAGCACCACCUGAUGUUGGUGACAUAAUUGUAAAGUUGUUUAUUAUUUUUUCUUCUAGGUUGAUAUUAGUGAAAGGCAGUGGGGGGUGGGGGAGGGGGGGAUCGUGUUUUUGCUCCAUCGCCAAGUUCUUGUUUGUUAUUCCUGUUUGUAUCGGGUCCUACCUUGGGGAAUUAAGACCCUCUCCCUCAUUCAUAUUCAUUAUUAUGAUUAUUGAAAAUAUAGCUCGAUCUGGAUGGCUUUUCCUCCCGGCCAACGGGCUUCUAUGCUUUGUAGGCUCCAAAUAUUUUAGGGUUUAAUUUAGUAUUUUUGGAAAAUAUCUUCUGUAUUUAAAACCUAUU